AAAAUUUAAUUUUUUGAUAUAAAAGCACGGUGAAGUCAAGUAAUAAUCAUAAGUUCAUCGAUUCAGUUAGAUAACACAAGAACAAACUCAAAAUGAAAUUCCUCGUUGCUUUCUCCUGCUUGGUAGCUGUUGCCCUCGCCGUCGAAGAUGUCCAAGUCAUCCGUAACAUUCUUGAUGUUCAACCAGAAAGUUACAGCUACGGUUAUGAACUUGGAAAUGGAAUUUCAGCUCAAGAAUCUGGAUCCUUGAAGAACCCAGAAGCCAUCAGCGCCCAAGGAUCAUACCAAUUCACUGCCCCAGACGGUCAAGUUGUAAAGGUCUCAUACGUUGCUGAUGAGAACGGUUUCCAACCCAGCAGUGAUCUUUUGCCAGUUGGACCUGAAAUCCCAAUCUUGAUCCAAAAGAGUCUUGCCUACUUGGCUUCAGCUAAGCCAUACAUUUUUGUACUCAUCGGCAUGUUAGCGGUUGUUACUGCCGCUCCCCAGGGAUCCGGCGAUCCCAUUCCAAUUAUUCGACAAGAGCAGGAAGUCAAUUUCGAUGGAUCCUACAAGUUUAAUUACGAGACUGGAAAUGGAAUAACUGCCGAGGAGACAGGGUUUUUGAAAAAUGCUGGCAAUCCAGAUACCGAAGCACAGGUUGCUCAAGGUCGUUACUCAUAUACAGCUCCAGAUGGACAAUUGAUAACUGUAGUUUAUACUGCCGAUGAAAAUGGAUUCCAGGCUCAAGGUGAUCAUUUGCCAACACCACCACCAAUCCCACCAGCAAUUCAGAGGGCUUUGGAAUAUUUGGCUACAGCACCACCUCAGCCAGAACAAGGAAGUAACCCGAAUGCCAUUCGAAGGGGUUAAGUUUAGAUUUGAAUUUGAAAUUAAUUUCGUUUUAUUUUUGUUGUAAAUGAAUUAUUAUCUAAUUGUUCCCUUUUCCUGCCCUAUGAAAACAUUUAUUUUAUGUGAUUUUCUUCAUUUCAUAAUACACAAAGACAUUUUUAUACACUUGACAUAUAUACACGACACAAGUACACUUAAACUUGUUGGCUAGAUUUGAAUUUUGUAAAUAGUAUUAUUUUUUUUAUCAAUUUUAUGCCAACAAAUGCUAGAACAUUUUUUUCAAAUGAACACUCAUUAAAUUAGAUUUUAAGUUGAUUACAAAAA